AUGAGAAUAGCGAGAUCAGUGAGAUCAACAAGGCCAACGAAACUAAAGAAGAAAACGAGACCAACGAGACCAACGAGGCCAAUAAGACCAACGAGACCAAGCCGACCAACAAGAUCAACUAGACCAACCAGAUCAACGAGACUAAAGAGACCAACAAGAUCAACGAGAUCAACCAGACUAACGAGACCAACGAAACUAACGAGACUAGCGAGACUAGCGAGACUAACUAGUCUAAUGAGACUAACGACACCAACGAGAUCAACGAGACCAACGAGACUAAAGAGGCCAACGAGACUAACGAGACUAACGAAACUAACGAGACUAACGAAGCCAACGAGACUAAAGAAAAUAACUAGACUAUAG